AAUCUCCCUCCAGCCGCCUCCCCACCUUCCCCUCACACAGGUCCUUCUGUAACCCCAGUACCAUAUCUUGGACCCUUCCCAGGCCUGCAUCUUCCACAAGCUCAGAGCAGCCUCUCCACCCCUUGGAGCCCCUUGAGAUUUUUAAGGGCAGUGGGUGUGACCCCAGUUCUGGCGUCCUCAUCUCCCCAUCAAAGCUCCACUGUUUCAGCAGUUUGGGUGCCGGUCAAUUUCUAUGCCAUAGAAUUUACCAGUGCUGUCCUCUUAGCCUCUAACCUGGCUUCCGAGAUACUGUCUGCAGGGAGCCUGGUCAAAGUGGGCGGGGCAGCCUCUGGAGGUGUCUUGGCAGGACUUCCUUGGCUAAGACUCACCCUGUCAUCCAACGCUGCCCUGGCUGGGGCCACAUCUACCCUGGGAUCCUUGCUGGGGACGCUGAAUGGCUCCUACCUGCUAGGAUGCCCUGCUGCGGCCCUGACCGCUUUCCCACUAGGAGCCAAGGCUGCUGCAGCUGUGGCGGGAGGAGCCGUGGCCGUGGGGGCUGUGCCCGUGGUGCUGGGCGCCGUGGGCUUCACCGGGGCAGGAAGCACAGCCUCCUCCUUAGCGGCCAAGAUGAUGUCAGCGGCCGCCAUGGCCAAUGGGGGCGGAGUUGCCGCCGGCAGCCCGGCGGCCACUCUCCAGUCCGUGGGAUCAGGUGGACUCUCUCUGUCACCCAAAGUCCUCCUGGGAUCCACUGGGUUUGCCCUUGUGUCCCUCGUGGUGGGCUUGUGACAGCUCCCUGUCACUCCCUUUGCAGAGAAGAGGACCAGGUAGUGCCCUGCUCACCAGCCUGAUGAAGGAAGGGACCAAACGCUGCACCCCCAGAGGAAAAUAAGAAAUAAAAAUGAGUUGUUGCAACCCCU